AUGCAUUCGCCAGCCCAGUCGCCCAUCCUGGAUGUCACCGAGACGUUGUCGCUGCACUCCGACCUGGAGGCGGACUUUGAGCCCAAGAAGAAGCUGCCGUCGUCGUCGUCAUACUCGUUUUCCGCACCUCACAAUCUUCGGCUGCCGGGCCUGGGAUUCCCUGGUUUGAUCCCGGGCUCUAAGACAUCUCCUGGUUCAGUGGCUCCCACUCUCCCCGCCUUCGAGUACAUUGCUCCACCAAGUCAUGCCCUUCAGGCUUUGGAAUUUCCCCUGAUGGAGCUCAACCGCGUGGGCGUCAUCGGAGGCAGCAUGUUUCCGGGUUUCAUGCACCGACGGGUUCGCGGCGAAAAGCGACCCAUACCGGAUGCCCAAAAGGAUGCCAAGUAUUACGAGAGACGCAAGCGGAAUAAUGAGGCGGCCAAGAAGUCAAGGGAUGCACGGAAAAUACGCGAGGAUCGGAUAGCUUUUCGAGCGGCUCUGCUCGAGCAAGAGAACUCAAUACUGCGGGCUCAGGUUCUGGCUUUGAGGGACGAGCUGCAGACAGUGCGACAGCUCCUGGGGGCCACCACAGCUGCAGGCGGGAUGCUGUCCAUGGCCAGACAGGUGUGA